CUGCUGCAAGUGUCACAUUUUCCUCCUAAAUAAUCUCAUUAGCCUGGAAUGCUCUUUGCGCUCGUUCAUGUGAAAGUGCCACAUAAAUAAAAUUAUUGUUAUUUAUCGGCCAUUACAGCCCAUUUUAGUUUCCUCUCCUCCAAACACUGUGACCUCUGUGGGAGGAACUGUCGUCUGCUGAUGGCUGUUAGACUAAUGAGGUUACAAAAACCCCUCAGAGGAUCAGUGAUUCUGUUUGCCCGGCCCUCUUCCAGUACUAGGUAUCAUCAUCACAACAGGCUCGGUGACAUUUCCAGACGGCGCUGAGAGAACGAGAACACACCGACCGCACAGACGCUGGAUUUUCACGAGGAAGUUAGGAUGCUUGUUGGCCUCCUGGUUCUGCUUUUCUCCUCGAGUGUUUCUGCAGCCGAUGAAGCGUCCUCUGAGCAGAACUGCAGCUAUCGGGAUGUUUUAGACCAUUUAAACCUGACCAGAAACAAUGAGCUGUACUCCAUGACCCGACCUGUUAGGAACUACAGACGCCCCACUCAUGUGUCUCUGGAAGUUCUGCUGUAUGCCAUCCUGGAUGUGGUUGAGAAAGACCAGAAAUUCAUUCCCUAUGUUUGGACCGUCAUGAGGUGGCACAAUGAAUACAUUUCCUGGGACCCAAAUCAGUUCUGUGGAAUUGACAACGUUUCUCUUCCAGCUGAGAUUCUGUGGAAACCAGAUCUCACUAUUGAGGAAAUGACAGAGAAGAACAAAGCUCCUCCGAGUCCUUUCCUCAGCAUCAACAAUGAAGGCUACGUAGAAGUCCAGAACGACCAGGUGCUGGUGAGCACCUGCAGGAUGCACGUUUACCUGUUCCCCUUUGACAUUCAGAGCUGCAGCCUCUCCUUCAAAUCUGCCAUACAUACCGUGAAAGACAUCCGCCUCCAGCCGAGUGACAACUCUUCAGAGGCCACAGAAUGGUCUCGUGACCUGAUGAGGACUCAGUACGAGUGGCUCUUCAUCAACUUGACAGUCACCACCAAAAACGCCACUGAUUUAUUUGACCAAGACGUCAUUGUUUACACUAUAACCAUGAGGAGGAGGUCGCUCCUUUACAUCGUCAACUUCUUGGUGCCUGUCCUCUUCUUCUUGUGUCUGGAUUUGAGCUCAUUCUUGAUCUCGGACAGCGGCGGCGAGAAACUCAGCUUCAAGGUCACCGUGCUGCUUGCCGUCACAGUGUUACAGCUUAUCCUCAAUGAAAUUCUGCCCGCGUCAUCCAACAGGAUCCCACUAAUAGCGGUCUACUGCAUUGGGAUCUUUGCUCUGAUGCUGCUCAGCCUCCUGGAAACGAUUGUUGUGAUGUAUCUGAUGGAGAAAGACGCUGUAUCCAAAGACAGUGACACAGACCAAGACCAAAGCCUGAGAGACGACGGUAACAAACACAGCAAAGCCAACUUCCACAGCUGUCAUGAAGAGGUGCACAAAUGGACUCAGGCUGCGUGUAUCUACGAAGCACCUGCUGACGAAACUUCAUCUGAGCUGCUUUCUGCUGCUAUAGAGGUCAACAGCAACAAACUGACAGAAGAGCACCAAACAUUGGGGAGGCUUUCAGAUGCGCUGAGAGAGUUGGAGAAAACAUUAAAUCUGCUCCUUGAUCGCAAAAAGGACGACAAGGAGGAGCCCGGCUACUGGACCAGAAUGGCUAAAAGAGUCAACAGGGUUUUCUUGGUUUUCUAUGUCACAGUGGUCGGUCUGUUUUUAGUUUUUAUCUUCGUUAAAAUGGAACAGUGCGGAUGAUCAUUGCUGCAUAAAGACAAAAUGAUUCACAAGUUCUUAGUUAUGUCUUGCUGGUAGCAUGUUUCUUAACCCGGAGAUCAUGACUGAGUCUCAGGAGGUUUGCAGGAAGGGGCCAGAUUUAGUUAAUACUAAAUAUAAUAAGUUGAAGCAUACUGCAGACAAAUGGCGUAACUAAAAUAUCUCUGUUUCCUCUGCUGUCUGUGCUGGUCACUGUUUAUGUAAGCUGUUACAUGCAAACAUACAAUUGUGCUACACUGAUUUCCUGGAAAUUUGCCUGAAACAUACCCACCAACUCCCUGCCCUUCUCCUCUCUCACCUCCACACCACACUGCUAGACAGUCACAGCAUGAGGCGGGUCUGAAUGUCAGAUUGUGAAGUUACAGUAUAAACAAGGUGGAAUUCAUGGUUGGUCUGAACUGCAUGUUGGUUUUGUUGCUCAUAUCUGCUUUGCUGGAAGAUGAAGCGUUGGUUUACCACAUCCUGGUUUUAGCAAAGCUAAUGUGGAAAAGUACACUUGGUUGUCCAACUACAUUUAGGACUUCUUUAUAUCACAGUGACUGAAGGGCUGUUGUUUGUUUUAUGCAGUGUAACAUAUGCACAGUAUGAACACUCGUCUUUGUGGAGUUCUAGCACAAUGAUAUGAUUUGUAAAAGUGAAUUUAGGUGUCUUUGCCUAGUAGUAUAUUACAUGUAUUCUCAAAGAUGUUGUAGAUUUUUGCCAAGAAACUUUUGAUGACAGAAGAAAUGCAAUGUAGUUAAUAUCUGCUUUUUGUAUUCAUUUGAGUUCUACAACCUGUUUUAUGUGUUUGCCUUUGAAGCAUGUAUCAGACUCUCAAAUAAAAAGUCACCUU